AUGGUGGGCGGCGGGAGGCGGGGCGGAGCGGCGGAGGAGGUCAAGCUCAACACCGGCAACGUGUUUGCGGCGCUUGAGUCCCUCGAGAAGAAGAAGAAUGGCGACAAAGGGGGCCGUGGAACCCUGGGCAAACAGGCGAGCGAGUACGCCGACUGCGAGGAGUACACUUGCGUCAUCUCGCGCGGGGCCGACCCGAGGACCACACACAUCCUCGUCGGCGAGACGGUGGAGGUGCGCAGGGGAGACGUAGGUGGUGGCUACAGGAAGGUGGUUUUCAGCAUCGAGCCAUUGGCAUUGAGCGACCGGCAACCGCCCGUAUCUUCGUCUUCGUCGCCGGCGGCACCCGCCAGAGUCGUCGCGUCCGGCUGUUGCUGUUGUUGCAUGAAGAGGCUGUUGGAGGACCGGGACAUCUUCAUCUACCUGGGCGAGAAGGCCUUCUGCAGCGACGAGUGCAGGAACGGGUUCAUCGAGGAGGCGGCGAAGGAGGAGCUCAUGAUUCUGGAUCCUGCUCGAAAUCUUUGAUCAAGAUUUGUUAGCUGUCGUGGCAAAAGUAGAGAGUGUAAUAUUUGCCCGCAAUAUUUUUCUUCUACCUUC